GGAGCUUGCAGGUGCGCGAGAGAAGGCAGGGCGGCUGUCCGUCCAAUAGGUGCCUCUUCUGCGCGAUCUCCUGCGCAUGUGCAGAGUGUAGCGGGUUUCCUCGCGCAGGGGGGUCCCGCGAGAUCUGCGCGGGGCUUCCGGAUCUCCUUUGCGGUCGCGAGGGAGAGAGGAAUUCCGCCGAGGGACCCGACCCCCCGCCUUCGGGGACCCGAUUCGAAAUCUGCUUGGCGUUUCUAAUCCUCACCUCAGGCAUUACUGUAUCUCUGGCUCCGAAGAGUCGAAAAGGGUGACGACAUUAUUCUUCAGCCUCCAGGCCUCGCUCCUCUCAGUAAAUGGAGGGCAGCUUUCGCCCCUGGUGAGAACACCCUCUGAAUGUGCCGUCUGGAGCGCUGGAUAUUUGCCCUUUGGGUUGGGGGGGCAGCGGCCUCCCCCCAAUCAAGUGGUUAUAGUGACUCAGAAAUGGAAGGCUCUACUGUGGAGGAAGAAGAGGAUUGCCCUGAGCUGAUUCCAAUAAGAGAACAGCAGAUAAAGGACCAUGCAGGACAGGAUAUUCCAUAUAAGAUUCCUGUUACCAUUAUUACUGGCUAUUUAGGUGCUGGAAAAACCACUCUUCUUAAUUAUAUUUUGACGGAACAGCACAACAAGAGGAUAGCAAUUAUUCUAAAUGAAUUUGGUGAAGGAAGCGCCUUGGAAAAAUCCUUGGCUGUAAGUCAGGGUGGAGAACUCUAUGAAGAAUGGCUGGAACUCAGAAAUGGAUGUCUAUGCUGUUCUGUAAAGGACAAUGGUUUGAAGGCUAUUGAAAAUUUAAUGCAGAAGAAAGGCAAGUUUGACUACAUCUUGCUAGAGACAACUGGAUUGGCAGAUCCAGGUGCUGUUGCCUCCAUGUUUUGGGUUGAUGCUGAAUUAGGAAGUGACAUUUAUCUUGAUGGUAUCAUAUCUGUUGUUGAUGCAAAGUAUGGACUACAGCAUCUCUUAGAAGAAAAACCCAGUGGCCUUAUCAAUGAAGCAGCUAGACAGAUUGCAUUAGCAGAUCUUAUAAUCCUCAAUAAAACUGAUUUGGUUUCUCAAGAAGCACUGAUGAAACUGAGAACAGCUGUCAGGUCAAUAAAUGGAGUUGUCAAAAUUUUAGAAACUAAGAGAUCCAGAGUUGACAUCUCUGAUGUCUUAGAUCUUCAUGCUUUUGAUAGUUUGUCAGGAAAAAGUUUGCAGCAGAAGCUGCAGCUUGAGGAAGUACCUAAACCACACCUUGAUAAGAGUAUUGUUACAUUCACAUUUGAAGUGCUAGGAAGCACAACUGAAGAAGAGCUAAAUGUGUUUGUUCAAGAUCUUCUGUGGGAGAAGAAUGUAAAAGACAAGAGAGGUAACCCCAUGGAAGUAAUAAGACUCAAGGGACUUGUGUCUAUCAAAAACAAACCUCAUCAGGUGAUAGUCCAAGGUGUUCAUGAGCUGUACGAUCUAGAAGAAACCACUGUAAGAUGGAAGGAGGAGGCUGAACGAACAAAUAGAUUGGUUGUAAUAGGUAGAAACUUGGAUAGAGAUAUCCUUAAAGAUGCCUUUAUAGCUACUGUGACUAAGAGAGGAGGAAAUGGUUAAUGUCAUCUUCUGAAGAAGACCUUUCAACAAUUCAUUUCUAUAACGAAUGAGCCAGAGUCCUGGAGCUGUUUUCAGCUUUUGCACUGCUGUUAAAAUUUGAUUCUUCUACAGUUUAGCAGAUUUUAUUUUAUUAAAUUUCAUUAAAUUAAUUUUGUAAACUG